UCUAAAUCUUAUCUUCUCUUCGACCAAAUGAGUGGCCUCCAAUUAUUCGUACGUUUUUUACCGUACAGAUGCAUCACGUGCCAAAAGUGCUGAGACACAGAGACAGUUAAUAUCAAUGGCAUUCAACAAGUUUCCCCAUCAAAGAUUUCAUUUUGUUUGAUUUCUUCAAGCAAUGGCAUCUCCUUCAGUUGCAUCCAUUCAAAAGAGCUUCAAGUAUGAUGUCUUCUUGAGUUUCAGGGGUGAAGACACCCGCAAGAACUUUGUUGAUCAUCUCCAUCAAGCUCUCAAGCAGAAAAGCAUUAACGCUUACAAAGAUGACGAAAACAUCAAGAAAGGGGAAAGGAUAACUGAUGAGCUCAUCAGAUCUAUUGAGGACUCCAAGUUUUACAUUAUUGUUUUUUCCAAGAACUAUGCUUCUUCCUCGUGGUGCUUAGACGAGCUUGUCAAGAUUAUGGACUGCCAGAAGACGAACGAGCACACUGCUUACCCGGUCUUCUAUGAUGUGGAACCUACCGAAGUCAGGAAACAAAGUGGGGCCGUUGAAAAAGCAUUUGAGAAACAUAAAGAGGACGAAUCUGCUGAGAAAUGGAAAAAGGCUCUUAGGGAAGCUGCAGAUCUGGCUGGGUGGGAGUUAAAGAACACGUUUGAUGGACAUGAAGCUAAACUGAUCCAAAAAAUUGUUGAAGAGAUCUCACUGGAGCGACGUUCCAUUAACCCAAGCGUUGAUGAAAAAUUAGUAGGCAUGGAGACACGUGUAGAAGAUGUAGUUUCAUCUUUAGAAAUUGAUAUUGAAGAUGUUCGCAUGAUAGGGAUAUGGGGGAUGGGAGGGGCUGGGAAGACGACUUUGGCGGGAGCUGUUUUUGAUCAAAUAUCCUUUCGGUUUGAUGGUCUAAGCUUUGUUGAAAAUGUCAGGGAAUUUUCAAAAGGCUCGUUGUGCGGUUUGAGGUCAUUGCAGAAACAAGUACUUUCAGACGUGACGAAGGAUACAAAGAUCACCGUAAAUAGUGUUCAUGAAGGGAAAAAUAUGAUGAAACAAAGGAUGUGUGAUAAAAAGGUUCUUCUUGUUCUAGAUGAUGUGGAUCAUGUAUACCAACUUCAGGCAUUAGCUGGUGAGCUUGAUUGGUUUAAGCCGGGAAGUAGAGUUAUCAUCACAACAAGAGAUAAGCAAGUGUUAAAAGCACACCGUGUGAACUUGAUUCUUGGUGUCAAUUUGUUAUUACAUAAUGAAGCGAUUCGUCUCUUCAGUAGGUAUGCAUUUGGGACAGAGAUUCCAAUUCAAGGGUACGAAGAGCUGUCCGAACGAGUUGUAUGUUAUGCUAAUGGUCUUCCCUUAUCGAUCAAAGUUUUGGGCUCAUUUCUAUGCGGUAAAGCUGAACUUGAAUGGGCAGAUGCAUUAGAGAGACUAAAAACAAUUCCUAUGAAGGAAACUCAGGAUAUAUUGGAAUUAAGCUAUCAAUCUCUAGAUCAUGAUUACAAGGAAAUAUUCCUAGAUGUUGCAUGCAUACUAAAAGGCCGGGAGAAAGAAGAAGCAAUCAGAGCGCUUGAAAGCUGCGGAUUCCAUGCCAGAAUUGGUUUAAGAGUUCUUGAGCAAAAAUCUCUUAUAACUUUUAAAUCUAAACCUUUGGGCUUGGAUAUGUAUGGUGAGUUCUUGAGUAUGCAUGACCAUAUAGAAGAAAUGGGUAAGAAUAUUGUUCGUCGUUUGCACCCCAAUGAGCCUCACAGACAUAGCCGAUUGUGGAUUAAAGAGGAGAUUGAAGAUAUAUUGGUUAAUAAUAAGGGUACUAAAGCAAUAAAAUGUAUAAAACUGCUCUCGUUCAAUCUAUCUGGUGCCAAGAAAGGUUUUCAAAAAAUGAGGGGACUCAGAUUUCUUGAAAUGAAGCAUCAAUGUGAUUUUGGCUGUGACUGCAAGGAUAUUGGUGAAGAUAGCAUAUGCCUCCUACCAAAUGGGUUAAGAUAUUUAUCUUUGUGCAAUUGCCGUUUUAAUUGUUUUCCAAAAAACUUUCAACCAAAUAAUCUUGUUGGCCUUAAAUUAAAAAGCACCGGUUUUGGUCAACGUUGGAAAGCUGGAGAAAAGGUUCUAAAGAAUCUCAGAUUCAUUGACAUCCGUAAUUGUCGGUUGGAAUCUUUGAACGUUGGGCUAAAUACGAAUCUGGAGAGGUUAAAUCUUAAAGGCUGUUGGAAUUUGGUAGAACUUCACAUGCCCGUUGAAAGUUUAAAGCUUAAAAGCCUCUACCUUAAUUGUGAGAAGCUGAAAACACUUAACCUUGAGGGGGCUCAGAAUCUCGAGAAGUUAGAGCUUAAAUACUGUAAGGAUUUGGUAGAACUUCACAUGCCCACUGAAUGUCUAAAGCUCAAAUGCUUCUACCUCAAUUGUUCUAAACUGAAAAAACUUAACCUUCCGAGAACUUUUAAUCUCCAGACGUUACAUCUUGACCAAUGCGAGGAGUUAAGCGAACUUUAUGUACCCGUUGAAUUUAUGCUUGAAUCCCUUCACCUUGAGGAUCAUAAUAUGAGGACCUUAUAUCUUAAGCGGGCUCAGAAUCUCGACAAACUGAAGGUUGAUGUAUGUGAAGAUUUGGUAGACCUUCAAUUGCCCUUUGAAGGUCUAAAGUUCAAAAGCCUCCACCUCUUUUAUGUUGAGUUGGAAACCCUUGACCUUACCCAAGCUUUGAAUCUCGAGAAGUUAGUUAUUAAAGGUUGUAAUAAUUUGGUAGAACUUCACAUGCCCAAUGAAAAGUUUAAGCUCAAAUCUCUUUCCGUUGAUAAAUCUACGUUGCAGACCUUGGAUAUUUCCUGGGCUCAGAAUCUCGACACAUUAAGUGUGAACCUAUGUAAGGAUUUGGUAGAACUUAACAUGCCUGUUGAAAGCCUAGAGCUCAAUGACAUUUCCCUUAGAUAUACUAAGUUGAAAAAACUUAACCUUAAGGGGUGUCGGAAUCUCGAGAGGUUAGAUCUUGAAAACUGUGAGGAUUUGGUAGAACUUAACGUGCCCGUUGAAAGCCUAGAGCUCAAUGACAUUUCCCUUAGAUAUACUAAGUUGAAAAAACUUAACCUUAAGGGGUGUCGGAAUCUCGAGAGGUUAGAUCUUGAAAACUGUGAGGAUUUGGUAGAACUUAACGUGCCCGUUGAAAGCCUAGAGCUCAAUGACAUUUCCCUUAGAUAUACUAAGUUGAAAAAACUUAACCUUAAGGGGUGUCGGAAUCUCGAGAGGUUAGAUCUUGAAAAAUGUGAGGAUUUGGUAGAACUUCACUUGCCCCUUGAAGGUCUAAAGCUCAGAAGCCUCUACCUCAAUAGUGUUAAGUUGAAAACCCUUGACCUUACCCAAAAUUUGAAUCUUGAGAAGUUAGAUCUUCUUUGUUGUGAGGAUUUGGUAGAACUUCAAUUGCCCCUUAAAGGUCUGAAGUUCAAAAGCCUCCUCAUCUUUUGGUCUAAGAUGAAAACCCUUGACCUUACCCAAACUUUGAAUCUCGAGACGUUAUGUCUUGAAAAAUGUGAGGAUUUGGUAGAACUUCACAUGCCGGUUGAAAGUCUGAUGCUCAAAAACCUCCGCCUCGAUACUACUAAGUUGAAAACACUUAACCUUAAGGGAGCUCGGAAUCUCGAGAAGUUAUUUGUUCAACGAUGUGAGGAAUUGGUAGAACUUCACAUGCCAGUUGAAAGUCUGAUGCUCAAAAGCGUCCACGUCAGUACUCCUAAUUUGAACCGGCAUGUGGGGACUUAGUAGAACUUCACAUGCUCGUUGAAAGUGUAAAUUUCAAUCCGCUUGUGUAUGAUGUCAGGACCUGUUUGACCCCAUGACCAGAACUGUUGGAGCGACCUCGAUAACCAGCAGAAAACAUGGUUUGUUUUGAGGAGUCGAUGAGCCAUGCAAAGAGCGCAUAAACUACUAAUUCCUCACGGCCAGAGAAAGCAGAUCACGAAAACCAGGAGCGGGUUUAGAUCACGAAAACCAAGACUGCAAAGAAACCAGUCUAAUCACUUAAUAUCGGCAACCGGUUGGCCGAUUGCAUCCAACUGAUCACAGAUGUUUGUAUAUAGACGGCCUGCGGAAAUUGCCCCUGAGCGUUUUUGUGUUUUAGUUGAGAAAUUGCCUGAGGAAUGAGACGUCUAAAAUGUUUAGAAGAGUUAAAUAUAGAAGGCGCAGGCAUAAUUCAUCUUCCCCAGAGCAUAUUACAAUUGAAAGGUCUGCUUGUUGAUGGGUCUAGGUGGCAGCUUGAGUUGUAUGGUUUUACAUCCGUAUUUGAAAGAUCAACAUACACCUCCUACUGCUACAUAUAACUGUGGGAUAACAUCAUAGUACAUUGAACCAAAGGAUUACACCUACGUACCUCUAUGGUUUAGCUUUGGCUUAGUCACCGAAUCAUGUCCAAAACUUACCUUCAAAUGGUCAAAGUCGAUUCAAAGAUAUCAGCGUUGGUGAGCAUCCUGGGCGUUUCCCUUCGUUGGUGGGCUAUUACUUUCAAGACAGUAUUGGUGGGAUUGAUGAUGAUGAUGACCAAUAUACAAAAAAGAGGUGAACAGAUUUUGGUACCCUUGAUAUAACUCCAGUGGUCAAGCCUAUCCGUGAGCCACAUGUAGUCGGAUUGAUGGGAUUUGGUUAUGAAACUGUUGGGUUUGAGACUGUGUCGGUGAAAUUGUUUCCGACUGGUGGCUGUUGGGCUACAAAGUGAAGAAUUUGCAGAGUUUCAAAAGAAUUUGUCAUGGUUUAAGUGUAACAAUUGUUAUCACCAACACGAUGUUACCCAAAUGGCUCUGUAUAACAGCUUCAGAGACUGAAUUUCACAAUUAUAGAAUAGGACAGCAUACCGAACAUUGCACCAGCAGCAACUGCUAAUCUCCAAUCUGCAGCAGGCUUGAAGUAAACAAAGCUUGUGUCGGCAAACGAAAGAAUUAUAGUCUUUGUGGCAUUUCAUCGAACACAUGGAGUGAUAAACCAUGUAAACCGUAGGUUUCACUAUUUUUUACAGAGAUAACUACUUAUGGUAAUUUUUACAGGUUUUUGUAGUAACAGUCUAUUCAUUUUUUAUGAUUAUGUUUGUGGAUAUUAAUAGAUUUGGACC